UAAAGCUGCUUUGAUUUAACAAGUCUCUGCAAAGCAGUCAUGUGGGGAAGAACAGUGAAAGAAAAACUUUAAGAGGAGAAAAGGAGGGAGGAGAGUGCAUGUAAAUCAUGAGUGAACAAGGAGCCGCGUGUAUACCUUGCAACACCCUAAGGGUUAGUCACCCUGGGAACACCCAUGGGGGUUGGAUAAGGAAAAAGAAAAGAAUCUGGACUCACUGUCCCAGGCCGGAGCGAGACAAGGAUGACUGAACCAGUAUACGAUUUCCCAUAUCAGGAAUCCUCUCCAUCCACAAUCCGCAAGGGGUCACCAACAUCAGUCAACAUCACAGACCGGUUGCUACUCACCCAAAGUGUGUGGCUCCACCGCACGGUCAACUCAGCAACUGCACUGCAUAUUUUGCAAAGGGAGCCUCCAGGGACGUUCCUAGUGAGAAAGUCCAAUACACGCCAGCAGCUGGUUUUAUGCCUGCGACUGUCAGAUGAUUGUGGUCCAAGCUUCAUUCAUCAAGCAUAUAUACACAAGAGCCCUGCAGGCAUUUACCUGGAAACAUCAGAUCUCACUUUCCCUGAUUUGAUAAGGCUUGUAUCUCACUACAGUAUUGAAAAGGAUGUUCUGCCAUAUACACUCAGACUUCCUGCAGCAAUAGAAAAAGUAACAUCCAGAAAGCAAUUAGAAGCCAUUUCUCAUCUGGGUCUUGAGUUCUGGAGGUCUGCCCUCAAUGCACGUGACCCUCUGUUACUCUCAGCAAGUCCAUUGCCAUCUCCUCAUCUUCUUCCUCUUCUGUCUCCAAAUCCUUCUGACAUCCCAGACAUAGUUACUCCAAGUCUCAUUCCUUCUCUUAAGACACGCAGCCCACUGGAAGUUUCUAGUGAUGGAGGUGAAGGAGCUCUCUGUUUUUUUAAUCCAUUAUUUAAACCCAAGGACACUGGAGUACUCAAGCGUUCUCAGUUUCAAAGGAGCAUUAAAGUCAGGGUGUCGACAGAAAACUCAGGGUUCUUGUCACCACCUAUAAAUCCUCCUCCACCUGUACCCUCACAAGAGGUAGUGAAGGAGGAAGAGGAGGAGCGAAUAACACCUUUGGUGGCUUCUCAAGAGGUUGAAACUGAACAGUGUCAACUAUCAUCAGACCAAGAGUACAGAAAACCAAGGUCAUCUCUUAGACAACGUCUGAAGAAAAGCUUAAGCAAAGGCAGUAUGGAGCUUGGAUUAAAGAUAUCACAGUUGCGCUCCACAGAUGGUGGAGACUACAAGGUCCCUGUACCAGUAACAAAGACACAAGAGUCAAAGGAAACAGAAGAACCUAGCUCAAAUGGUCUGUCUCCUUUGGAAGGGCAGGACAGUGGAUCCAGUAGUAGUGAAGAGGGUACAUCUGAGGAUUUUGGAAAGUUUUCCCCCCAACUUACAAGGAGGAAGAAAAAGAAAAAAAGUGGCCGUUCCUCUUUUCGAGCAGUCAGUGGGGCCUUCCUGUCACUUCUUUCCCCAGAAAGAAAAGUCCUUAUAUUCAUAGAAGAAAUGUCAAAAGACAUCCAAACAGAAUUUGGAAAGGAACUGCAAGAAUUUCUAAGGAGAGUGACAGAUGAAAAAAGUAUAGGUGGAAAGGAGAAGGAUACAGAGGAUGAAGGAGCAUCAUAUAAAACCCUGUUGAAGGAGGUGAGGGAUUUCAUGGAUAAGAUGAAGCAUGUCUUGUGGGGAAGCGCAGAGUUACAACUAGAGACACUUUCUCUGGAAGAACAAGAUCGAGUUUUAGAGAAGUCCCUCCAUCGCUUAAUCUUGAAGCCACUGAACUCUCAUCUCGUGUCUGAGAUCCAUAAGGGUUUGGAAGACAGCGGAGAGCUGGGGAGACUUGGAAAGAACAUGCAAGCUGUGAGGAGUGGGGGUUCAUCCCUUCUUGGUGUGAACCUGGUGCCGCCAACAGUUCAAGAGCUGGAAAAGAUGCGGCACAAACUGUUGAGAAUGCAAGAAAAAUAUUCACCAUGUGAUAAAGUCCGUCUUUUGCUGCAAGCAUGCAGACUUGUCUAUAGAAAUAUUGAUGCACAACAAGAUGAUGCAUGUGGAGCAGAUGAGUUUCUCCCUGCCCUGUGCUAUGUGAUGGCACUAUGUGACCUGCCUCAGCUGCUCAUUCAUACCUACUAUACAGGAGAACUUCUGUCACAGGACACCCUGGUUGGGGAAGGGGGAUAUUAUCUCACUAGUGUGUCUGCCUCGUUGUCUGUUUUGUCUUCAUUACACACUCAUCCACCAGAUAUUGGGCUCUCACUAAGUGAAUGGCACCGCAGAAGACAAGGAUUGCCUUCCCUCAAUGACUUACAGAAUUUUUUGAGAGUUGCUCAUCAAGACCCGGUGAAUGGCUGCACUACUAAAACUAUCCUUCUACGACCCUCCCAGACGGUGGCAGAUCUCACACAUCUCUGCGCCCUUAAAUUCAAGCCAAACAACCCUGAGGACUAUGCCAUCUUCCUCCACUGUGGUGGAAAUCAGCAAUUGCUGCUUCUAGACUCCCAGCCUCAGCAAAUAAAGGCUCAGCUAAAAGAAAAAGGAUCACAUUUUUAUUUUUGUUACCAGGGUCUGGAAAAGGAGAGCAGCACCAAAAAAGAAGAAGAAUAGACGUAUCCAAAGACUUAUAAAGCUGUAGUUUCCCACCAUUCAUUUUAAUCUUCUAAUCUGAUAUGCAAAAACAUGACACAAUGCUGUAUUUCUGACCUACUGGUCUCCCAAGCACUUUUAUUUUAUUUUGCUUUAUUUAUAUAAUUUUAACAUCUUUUAUGCAACCCUGUACAGACAUUGUUCAUCACUCACAUCAGCCCUUGCCCUAGUGGAACUUACUUUAAUGUACCAUCAAAGUCAUACAGCACACUAACAACUAAUUUCACUGUGAGCCAAUUAACCGGGAAGCAAAUCUAUGCAAACAAACUCCUUGUAGUGCUCUGGCCAGAAUUGAACUCAGGAUGGCAGUACUACAAUGUAGCAGCACAAUCCACUGACGCAUUUUAAAUAAUUAUGGUUUUAAAAAAUGUAUUCAGGCAUUAUUACAAAUAAAACAGGUUGUAUGACAUAUGCAAAAAUAUGAUGCAAAAAGUUACUUAUUGAAUAUAGGCUAAAAUACAAACUAGGGGGAAAAAUCCUUUGAUCAGUCGGGUGUGUAUAUGUAUACACCCCACUGAUGUGAAUAAGGGCAAUGAAGAAUCUAAUUUACGGAACUGGAAGGCUAAGUUGGAAUUGUUUACACUGGUGAAAAGUCCUAAGGGGAGAUAUUAUCACUUUGUAUUAAUAUACUGUGCGGCAUACAAUUAACUUUCCAGAAGUUUAUUCUCCUAAAGAUCUAACGUUGGACAGCAACCAGAGUUUUACGUUGAGGAGUUGUGGAAUUCCCAUCCCAGUUUGUAUUGGCAGAUUCAAUGAAUGAUCACAAAAAAUGGUUGCACUUUUUAACCUAGGUUAAAAGUAUUACUGUGUAUAGUACAACACUGGUGCACACUGUAUUUUGCCCCUGAUUAAAUCUUAAUGGCUCAAGAACUUUCACAAGGUUACAAAUAUACCUGAAAAGAUAAACAGAACAGUAGGUUGACAGCUUUUUGUUUGGAUCCUAUGUGACAUUUACCUAAUUCUUAAUGGGUUUGUGCAGUGAGAUGCCAGAUGGUUUGGACCUUGAAUUUGUAUCAAUUUGCUGUUUUGCACAUAUUUUACAUAUUAAGUUUUGUGAAGAUCUGAAUAUUUAACUGAUAAAAGUAAAUUAUUCAUAUAUGACUACUUCACUGAAUAAAUAUUUCUGCUAUA